GCAAUGGACCUGCAGAACUAUUCCUUGGUGUCUGAAUUUGUGUUGCAUGGACUCUGCACUUCACGACAUCUUCAAAAUUUUUUAUUUAUAUUUUUCUUUGGCAUCUAUGUGGCCAUUAUGCUGGGUAACCUUCUCAUUUUGGUCACUGUAAUUUCUGAUCCCCGCUUGCACUCCUCCCCUAUGUACUUCCUGCUAGGGAACCUAUCUUUCCUGGACAUGUGGCUAGCCUCCUUUGCCACUCCCAAGAUGAUCAGGGAUUUCCUUAGUGAUCAAAAACUCAUCUCCUUUGGAGGAUGUAUGGCUCAAAUCUUCUUCUUGCACUUUACUGGUGGGGCUGAGAUGGUGCUACUGGUUUCCAUGGCCUAUGACAGAUACGUGGCCAUAUGCAAACCUUUGUAUUACAUGAUUUUGAUCAGUCGGCAGACUUGCAUCAGGCUGGUGCUGGCUUCAUGGGUCAUUGGAUUUGUGCACUCCAUCAGUCAAGUGGCUUUUACUGUGAAUUUACCUUACUGUGGCCCCAAUGAGGUAGACAGCUUCUUCUGUGACCUCCCUCUGGUGAUCAAACUUGCCUGCAUGGACACCUAUGUCUUAGGUCUAAUUAUGAUCUCAGACAGUGGGUUGCUUUCCAUGAGCUGUUUCCUGCUCCUCUUGAUCUCCUACACUGUGAUCCUCCUCACUGUCCGAAAACGUGCUGCUAGUAGCGCAUCCAAAGCACUCUCCACUUGCUCUGCACAUAUCAUGGUAGUUACGCUGUUCUUUGGCCCUUGCAUUUUUAUUUAUGUGUGGCCUUUCAGUAGGUUCUUUGUGGACAAGCUCCUGUCUGUGUUUUAUACCAUUUUUACUCCCCUCCUGAACCCCAUUAUCUACACAUUGAGAAAUGAGGAGAUGAAAGCAGCCAUGAAGAAACUACAAAACCGACGGGUAACUUUUCACUGA